CACUUUCCCAUCAAACCAAACCUUCCUCCCCCCGCUUCUCUCUUCAGGAUCUCGAAGGAGAUUGUUUGUUCCAAAUGUUGGUGGGACGGGAUCCGAGGCGCACUGCACUGCCGGGCACCCGGGCGCCUCUCGUCGCAGGGGUUGUGUGAACGUUCGAUCCCCGUCUCCUGCCGCUCGUCUAAGGGGCCACGCUGGGAGGCGCCGAGGGCGCAUGGGGCGCGCUUGGAUGGCCCUGGAUUCGCCCCCAUAAUGUUCCCAUGGGAUCCCCGCAGCAGCCAGCCUGAACCUUCUGUCCCGGAGCCUCUCCUCCCUGGAUUACCGUGCCUGCACCCCUUUGCCUUCCCCCAGAACCGUCCUCGUUCGACCUCGGAGCAUGGCUUCGGAUCGGCCGGCUCCUGGGGCUGGGGGCAUCUUUGGAGAACUCCCGCCGCCUUACGCGGCUGCUGCCAACUCGGAUCUGCUCCGGAGACCCAGCUACUGCCACGCUGCCUUUGCCCUCAAACAGAUAUCCAAGGGUAAGGCUGUGGGCCAGAAAGCCCCGCUGUGGCUGAGGGCCCAGUUCCAAGCCUUGCUGUUUACACUGGGCUGCUGGAUCCAGCAUCACUGUGGCAAAGUACUCUUUGUGGGGCUGCUGGUCUUCGGGGCACUGGCUGUAGGGCUCCGAGUAGCCUUCAUCGAGACGGAUAUUGAACAGCUCUGGGUGGAAGAGGGCAGCCGUGUCAGCCAGGAGCUUCGGUAUACAAAAGAGAAGCUAGGAGAAGAGUCUCUCUACACAUCCCAGAUGCUGAUACAAACUCCUAAACAGGAAGGAGAAAACAUCCUGAACCCAGAGGCCUUAGAAAUGCAUCUUGAAGCUGCUUUGGCUGUUAGCAAAGUCCAAGUCUUACUCUAUGGAAAGUCAUGGGACCUCAACAAAAUCUGCUACAAGUCUGGAGUCCCCAUAAUUGAGAAUGGGAUGAUUGCACGGAUGAUUGAGAAGCUCUUUCCCUGUGUUAUUGUAACUCCACUGGACUGCUUCUGGGAUGGAGCCAAGCUGCAAGGAGGUUCUGCUUACCUCCCGGGCCGGCGGGACAUCCAGUGGACCAACUUGGACCCCAUUCAGCUGAUGGAGGAGCUAGGUCAGUUUGCUUCACUGGAAGGAUUCAAAGAAAUGCUAGAUAAGGCAGAAGUUGGCCAGGCCUAUAUGGAGCGGCCCUGUCUUGACCCCUUUGACCCUGAGUGUCCUGCCAGUGCCCCUAACAGCCAGAGCCGGAAGGUACCAGACAUUCCCUCUGAGCUCACAGGUGGCUGCCAUGGCUUUUCUCAAAAAUACAUGCACUGGCAAGAGGAGCUGAUCCUGGGUGGGACAGUUAAGGAUUUCCAGGGCAAACUUCAGAGUGCUGAAGCCUUGCAGAGCAUGUUCCUGUUGAUGAGCCCACGACAGCUUUUUGAGCACUACCGGGAUGAUUAUGAGAUUCAUGACAUCAGCUGGAGUGAGGAGAAAGCAGCUGCAGUCCUGGAAGCCUGGCAGCGGGAAUUUGUUGAGAUGGCCCAGGAAUCCCUCCCUGUGAAUUCCUCCCAGAUUGUCCAUGCCUUCUCUACCACCACACUCAACGACAUCAUGAAAUCCUUCUCAGAUGUGAGCGCUAUCCGUGUGGCAGGAGGAUAUCUGCUGAUGCUGGCGUAUGCCUGUGUCACCAUGCUGCGAUGGGACUGUUCCAAAUCGCAGGGUGCUGUGGGCCUAGCAGGAGUUCUUCUGGUUGCCCUUUCAGUGGCAGCAGGACUUGGACUGUGUUCCCUACUGGGAAUCUCUUUCAAUGCAGCAACCACCCAGGUGUUACCUUUUUUGGCACUAGGCAUUGGUGUAGAUGACAUGUUCCUCCUGGCACAUGCCUUCACUGAGACCAGCCAACACAUCCCUGUCAAGGAGCGGACUGGUGAAUGCUUACGACGUAGUGGCACCAGUGUAGCACUCACCUCUGUCAAUAACAUGAUUGCCUUCUUCAUGGCUGCCUUAGUGCCCAUCCCAGCCCUGCGAGCCUUCUCUUUGCAAGCUGCCGUGGUGGUGGUGUUCAACUUUGCCAUGGUGCUGUUCAUCUUUCCAGCCAUCCUGAGCCUGGACCUUCGCAGACGUGAAAGCAAGAGGCUUGACAUUCUGUGCUGCUUCUACAGCCUCUGCUCAUCCCGCGUCAUCCAGAUCCAGCCACAAGAAUAUGCUGAUGCAAAUGACAACCACACUGCACCCACAUUUCCACAUGGACAUCCAGCACUGGCCACCAGCACACGUAUCACAACCACAGUGCAAGCUUUCACCCAGUGUGACCCUUCAGGACGACAUGUGGUCACCAUCCUACCACCUACACAACAUGUCUUCACCACCCCAUCCACUCUGCUACAUGCCAACCCUCUGGAUUCACAAGUCUUCACUCCUGCCAGCUCUACUCGUGAUCUCCUGGCACAACUGGAGGAGGGCAAAGGCGCCCAGGAGUGUGUACCGUUGCCCUUUUGCCAGUGGAAUCUCUCCACUUUUGCUCGAGACAAAUAUGCACCCAUUCUUCUGCAGAGCCACACCAAGGGAAUUGUGGUGGCCAUAUUCCUGGCACUACUGGGCCUGAGCCUCUAUGGCACAACCAAAGUUCACGAUGGACUGUACCUGACAGAUAUUGUCCCACGAGGCACAAAGGAACAUGCCUUCAUUUCAGCUCAGUUCAAGUACUUCUCCUUUUAUAAUAUGUUUGUGAUAACUAAGGGUAGCUUUGACUACCCCAACUCACAGAAAGCCCUCUAUGGUCUGCAUCAGGCCUUCAAUACCAUCCAGUAUGUAGUGCGUGAUGAGAACCGCCAGUUGCCUAAGAUGUGGCUGCACUACUUCCGGGAUUGGCUACAAGGUUUGCAGGCAGCCUUUGACCGAGACUGGGAAGCUGGACAUAUCACCAGGGAAAAUUACCGGAAUGGGUCAGAGGAUGGUGCCCUGGCUUACAAGCUCCUCGUCCAGACAGGCAGCAAGAAGGACCCCUUCAAUCUAAACCAGCUGACCACUCGCCGUCUGGUGGAUGUGAACGGGAUCAUUCCCCCUGACAUCUUCUACAUCUGCUUGACAGUGUGGGUGAGCAAUGACCCCCUUGGCUUUGCUGCCUCCCAGGCCAACUUCUAUCCACCUCCACCAGAGUGGAUCCAUGACAAGUACGAUGCCACUGGCGAGACUCUUCGAAUCCCAGCUGCACAGCCCCUGGAGUUUGCUCAGUUCCCUUUCUACCUCAAUGGACUUCAGCAGACAUCAGACUUUGUAGCAGUUAUUGAGAGUGUGCGUGCCAUCUGUGAUGAGGUGGCUCAGAGGCAUGGCGUGCUCAGCUACCCUAGCGGCUACCCUUUCCUCUUUUGGGAGCAGUACAUUGGCCUGCGUCAUUGGCUCCUGCAAGCCAUCAGCAUUGUGUUGGCCUGUACUUUUCUGGUGUGCACCCUGCUGCUGCUCAACCCUUGGACUGCCAGCAUCAUUGUAUUUGUUCUGGCUAUGAUGACAGUUGAGCUCUUUGGUAUCAUGGGCCUGAUGGGCAUCAAACUGAGUGCCAUCCCUGUGGUCAUCCUCAUUGCCUCUGUGGGCAUUGGUGUGGAAUUCACUGUCCAUGUGGCACUAGGCUUUCUCACAGCCAUUGGCAACCGGAAUCUGCGCUCCACUGUGGCUCUAGAGCACAUGUUUGCCCCUGUGAUGGAUGGUGCUGUCUCCACUCUUCUGGGUGUACUCAUGCUGGCUGGUUCAGAAUUUGACUUCAUUCUGAGGUAUUUUUUUGCCGUGCUCACCAUCCUGACAAUUCUGGGGCUGCUCAAUGGCCUGGUGUUGCUGCCUGUCCUAUUGUCCAUCAUUGGCCCACCGGCUGAGGUCACACCUGUUGAUAAUGGUAGCCGCCUGCCAACACCAUCACCGGUCCCCCCACCCAUCAGUCACCACAGUUUUUAUGUGCGCCAGCAUAGUGGGACCUUUGCUGACUCCUCUGACUCAGAGUACUACUCAGAGAGUACUGGCGCAUCAGAUAUUGGUGAAGAUGAUCGGAGCACCUAUAUCAUCCCCCCAACUCAAUCACACAUCUUGGUCAAGGCAAGCAAAAGCCCCAGCUUCCCAAAAAUCACGGUGGUAAAAAGCUACAAGACAAGCCUGGAGUCACCUCUGUCACUGUGCAGCCCAGACUGGACUCAACCCAUGACCCCUGGAAGCUACUUAGCAUCAUCCACCACAGAUGUCAAGGAUGCUUUACAGCACGAAGAACGGCCAAACCACAGACUAGGGCCUCAUCAGGCUCGGACUGCCCCUAUUCCCCUUCGGACCGACCUCCCUGCCCACAGUGCCAAAGUGCCACCUCUUGGGACUGGUGGCUCCUUCACCACAGUUACAGCCACUGCCUCUGUGAUGCUGGCUUUGCACCCACCCCUGCCCGGCUCCUGCCGGGGCUAUACACAUGAGGGCUUUGAAUCUGAUGGCCCUGAGGAGUCUGGCCUAGUUCUACCUGACAGCUUGGAACUGCAAGACUUAGCCCAGAGACCUUAGCUCAUUACUUCCGCCAGGUGAAGAUCCUAUUUCUAGAUUCCCACCUCAGGUAUAGGAUGUGCACAGCAUCACAGGUGGGAUUGUUCUCUCUCACACCAUGGACUGUGAAGCAGAAUGGAUAUAUGGAAGCUCCAGCACAGUAUCUUAACCAUCUUUAGGCAUAGAGAGUGCCUUUGCAAACUGGAACAAGGAGGUCAGAUGAGCUACUGCAGUAUCUAGCCAAUGAAAUGGUUGUUGGGUACUGCUAGCACCUAGUACUCCAGUUUCCCAUAUCUUGUUUCUGUAGGUGUAUCUGCCACCAAAAAUCAUUCUGGGUCCUUUAGUUACUAAGGUCCAAAACACUCCCAGUUUUUAUCCUUACAUUGGACUUAUAACCCAUUGAGCAUUUGGUCUACUUACCUCCUGACAGGGAAAGUUUCAGCUCAAGAUAUGGGAACUGGAAGAGACCAUUCCCCUCAUGCUAGGUGAAACAUAUAAUGGCCGUCAUUGAGGCAAAGUAUCAAAAUUGUCCAAACACCCAACAUCCCGUGGAGAGAACAGGACUGAACUUAUAUGUGGGGAACUCUCCCACAUUGUGCUGCUAUUCUUUAUUUUUUAUUAAUAUUAUUAUUAUUAUUAUUAUUAUUUUAAGCUGUAUAAGAAGAUUCACAGUUCCCCUUUAUAAUUAUAAUAAUUAUUUUUAUUAUUUUCACAGCUCCCUCGUAAAAAAAAGUGGUGGUAUCCCUUUAAGGGAACACCAGGUUGAGGUUGUAGUGGGGUGAGCACCUCCUGGGAAUAUGGAGUGGCGGGAACAUGCAAUGUAGGGGCAUAAUGUGUCUUAAUGUUCUAUGCAAGCUGUGUGGGACAGGCUGUGCUUCACUCCUCCCACCAGCACAACUGUCUGUGCCGGUAUCUGUCCUGUGGCUGUUUAAAAUUCAGUCCCUUCCCCAUCCUGCCCUACAUGCCCAAAACUUUCCUUUGUGCCACAUUCUUUAGCUUGCUUGCAUCUUUGUCAGCUCUAGCUAGUCCAUCACUAAAACAUUCCCUAAGCACACCUGUCUGGAAUAUCUGUUGGAGCGUUUAGCCCCAUCUUUCCCUAGUAAUAUUGGUCUGACAUCAUUUAUACCUGAUAGAAAAGGAGGCUUAUCCAGGAAAGAGAGACUUCGUCUGUAUGAUUUGUUGUCCAUAGAGAUCAGAACUAAGACUUCUAGAAGGGCAGUUUCUAGAGAUGUGGAUUAUAUCUGUCUCCUUUCUAAUUCCAUACUUCAGGAGAUAUUUUGCACAAGAGAUUUUGUACUCUGAUGUUGAUGCCUGUAUACAAAAUGUAUGGCUACUAUGCUGUUUAUGGAGUGGGUAUUUCAAGUGGGUGUUUGAGGUAGCUGGCAAGAACAUCAUUCAUGUCUGAAAGUAGGGUCUACAGCUCACUGCUCUUCUUGAGGGAGUUUUUGGUGAAUCACUUCAGAUUCUCAUUGGGUUGCUAGUACCAUUUUGGGUCACCUCACACAAUGUUUUUCUUAUACCGAGAUUAUUGGUUUCCUGGGCUGUGUAUUUGCAGCCCAAAAAAAAUACAAAAGAGAGCAUACAGAUUCUUCCCUACAGGGAUAUUCUUCUGUACAUGAAAAGAAUUUCAUGUGGGAAAGUGUCUUUUGAUUUGAGCCCAGUUAAAGGCUUUUUGGGAUGACACAUUCCUCCUUUUCAAAAAUAUCCCACUGCAGUUGUCAGAAGAAAAAGUGUUCUAAGGGAGAUGCAAGGACUGAGUAAAAAAAAGUUUUAUUUCCUGCCCAAGAGAAUGAAUGCUGUGGUUGCGGUUUAUGUUUCAGAAUUCGAUUUUUUUUGGUUUGGCUUCCAUGGCUGAAAAUCCAGAAAUGAACUAUCACUUGGCAACAAGACUGGUUCUAAACGACUAAUUCCAUUUCCAUCCAGUAUGCCUUGUUUCCACAUAACCAAGUCAAAAUUGCUUUAUGAAAGGUUUCAGUUUUUCCAUUCUACUUCAGGACAGAAAUCUGAAUUUUGUAUGAAAUUUAAAUGCUCUUUUCUGGCUAACCCUAACCUAGGCACUGCAAAAGAAUGGCUUACACUCCCUGUAUUGAAACACAAAACUUUCUGGAUUAAAAAUAUAUAUUAUUAUUUUUUCUGGCCUGCUGUAAAGGAAAUAGAGGCAAGAUGACAACUAGUGCAACAAUCUUUAUGGGCUGUGAUCCUUCAUGAUGUUACCAACAGUCCUUUAUUUAACUACUGCUCCUCCCUAUUGUAGUUUGCAUCCAUUGUUUGUGUGUGUAUGUGUGUUUUAAUGUUCCAUUCCAUCUGCUGGUUUUUGGGUCUGCUGGACUGCUGCUGUUUUCACCAAGUACUUUGAUGAGACGAAAAAACUUGAAGGAAAAAUGAAAUUCUGAUAAUUUCAUUACCAGGAGAGUUGCCUCAGCUCAAUAGAUAGUGUGAGCAACUGCUUCAAAAAACUAUUAAAGGUUUUCUCUUCAGAAUUGUGUAAAAUAAGCUGUGCAGUUGACCUCAACUUCUAAUUGGCAUGAGUUCCCCUGGGGCUUCAUGUCAAAUUUUGGAUAAAAUGGUAUGCCUCCUUGGACUCAGAGAUACCACAGCCAACCAGCUGACUUACAAGAGAGAGCAGGACUGAUUCAUCCUGAAAUCCAUUUUCCCCCAAUGACUUCAUUCCUUCUAAAACCCAAGCACUUUAAUCCCCUCUUUUACCCAAUAACUGCUGUAAUUUCAUUCCACAGUUUAUUCUGGAUCCAUUGUUUGUUGCCAAGGGAGAUUCUGGUGAGAUUGUUACAUUUUGGUUGUGUGAACCCUCUUGAGAGUCUCAGUAGGAUUAAAUUCCUAUUAAAAUAGACUCAGACAAUUCAAGUAAAAGUUACCAGUGAGUUCUGGGGUCUAGAAAGGUUUUUCUUUACACAGGAGUUUGCCACAUAACAAAGACUGGCCCACCUGUUCGAAUCUAUUUUUCCCAUCAUAAAACUACAGUCAAAGUUAGGAUCUAGCAACAUCUGACUUGUCUAUCCACUUUUCCUGCUCUGCCUUACAUUCAUCCACUGCCUAAAAAUAGUUAAGUGCUUCUAGGUAACCCAGAAUAGAAAUGGUGCUUUCCCCACCUUACCCCAAUACUGAAACCAGCAAAGCUAAGGGAAUGAUGGUGGAGCAUGUUGUGUGUGCAUGUGUGUAUUUGUGUGUGUGUGUGAAUAUGUAGAGGCUUGCUGGAGACCUUUUAACCUGAAAUGUUGUCAUGCCAUCUAAAUUAUUUAUAUGUAAAAGAAAAAAAGAUUUAUUUUUGUAGUUUGUACAGACCUCUAGCCUUACAAUGGAAGUUUUAUUUUUAAAAGUAAAUAUAUAUUAUAUAUAAAUGUAUCUUCUGAUGGUGUACAUGUGAUGUUCUUUUGUCUCUACUGGGAUGGGGGAUUUGUUGUCUGUGUGGAUUUGUAGUGAGAAAUAUACAUAUUUCUAACUUAGACUUGCUUCUUAGGUAAAUGUAUGCUUGUGAAAAGUAGGAGUUUGUGGUUGUGCUUGUGUGUGUGUAAUAUGCAUACAUACAUUCACAGCUGGAAAUAUUCUGCCCCCAUGAAGAUAAUUUUUGCAUAAAGAGAAUGCAAAUUCCCCUUUAACUACAUAAAGUGAAA